UCAACCGCCAAUCAACAGCCGUGUUUCAACACACGGAAGGGCUUCAACGCAUAAGGUUAUCUAACCGAGCAAUAUUAUCCUGUUCGUGAUUCUGUGACGAAGUGUGUUCAUACCUUUCGAAUGUACGCUGUUAGGAGCUAGAGAACCUAAAUUGUGUUGUAGCAUUUCUGUAAAUUGUGGUUAUAUAUUUCGAGUUAUUCAUGGAUUCCAACUGGCAGUUUUGAGCCAACCAUGUUGGAACGAGUUGGUGUUUGUUACAAACGAUUUUCUUACUUCGCGGUGUAAGUAUGUUUCAAUAUCGUGAGUUUGUAUGUUGUUUUAAUUACCUUUGUAUGAAAUCAAUUUGCUGCUUUGAAUUAAAUGAUGUUCAACUGAGGACUUGUGUUUCAUUUUGCCAUGAAGAAAGGUGCCUUUUGUACUUUACCUUACGUGGGUCUAUAAAUACACAAGUGGGGGUGUUCCAGUGUAGUCUUAAAAUAAAUAUGACACAGCUUUAUGUACGGAAAAUAGGCAUGUAACUACUUUCCUCUAAAAGCACUGUCACUUAUCAAAUUUAGCGAUUCAACAGCUCCGAUGCUUUUUGGAUGUCAGCAAUUAUUUGUUUUUAGUCUUUUGUGGUCUGACAUUAGUCUGACAAAUGUUGUGAUAGAUAUGGAUAUCAAGACCAGGCGAUUAUUAGUGAUCCGGUGAUUAUUUGAGCUCCGUAAAUUAUUAGAGAAAAUACAGUUUUCUUCCGGAGUAUGCGCAUGCGCAGGACGGUGGAAAGAGGAAACGCUUAAACAGUUUGUUAGUAAGUUUGGCUAGUAAUUGUCACAAACCUUCUUCCAAUUAGAUAUGGAAAGUAAUCAAAUGACAGGUGCCAUCUCAAAGGUGGGCCUGCAGAUCACCAAUGAGUCACCGGAAUUUAGAGAGAGGCUCGAUACAUUUCAGGACUGGAGCAGUAGUGUUGUCAACAAGUAUUCUCUUGUACGAGCUGGUUUCAAAUUCAUUGGCCCUGGUGACAAGGUGCAGUGUGCAUUCUGCGGGGGAAAGUUGUACGAAUGGACCACCGAUGAUGAUCCUUUUAUCCAACACCAGAAGUUCUUCCCAGGCUGUGCCUUUAUCCUACAGCUGGCACAAGACAAAAAGAAACCUGUUAUAGCUCAGUACCAAGGGCUGGCCGAUCGUAGGGCAACCUUUACCAGGGGAAGCGUACAGAUCUUUUCACCAAACCGUUUUGCGGCUGCUGGCUUUUACUAUGACAAUGAGCUGACGCUGUGUUUCUACUGUGGGGUGCAACUCCGGGAUUGGGGCCCAAAUGAUGACCCGGUCCUUGCACAUCAAAUCUUUAAUCCAGGCUGUGGCUACAUAAUGGACUCGUUGAACUUCCAGAGACUUGGCAUCUCAGAACAUGCUGAUGGGUCAGUUGAAUGUCUUCGACACACUGCAGAGUCAAGUCUAAUCAAGGAUCCACAUCUUCGGGCACAGCUGGAUGAUGUCACCUCGUCCCACCCCCUUGUUAAGGAGUUACCAAAUAAGUAUGAUAUUGAAACAAAACUCCAAGAAAUGAAAAUCCAGAUUAUUAGAACUGGAAGGAACUUUGAGACUGUUGCAGAUUUUAUUGCUGGGGUUGAUAAGCGAAAAGAAGCAAUGGGAAUCAAAACAACUGAUACCCAAAUGACUGGCCCAGGUCCACAACUCUUUUCUGAGAACCAGAGACUUCGCCAGUUGAAGUUGUGCAAGUCAUGCAAUACUGAUGCCUUGGUUGUCUUCUUGCCAUGCGGUCAUCUGGUUAGUUGCUACUCGUGUGCAGCGACCAUUCAUAAAUGUCCCAUCUGCAGUGCGGGGAUUCAUGGUACAGUGCCAGUUUAUUAUUCAUGACAUAUCUGUGAAGAUCUUGGUGGUAUUUGACUAAGUAGUGAAUGUUGUUCAAGGUCAAAGCCCGCAAUAUUCCAACCACAAGAAAAAGGAUAAUUCACUAUGAACUCGUAAAACAGUGCAAGACAUGCAAUGACGAUGAUG